AUGACCGGUCCUGUAAAUAAUUCAAAAGGUUAUGGACCCGGUGAACAAUCAUGGGGAUUUGUAGACGUUCGGGAAGGAGCUCACAUGUUUUAUUGGCUUUUCUACGUUCAAAAUCCUAACGUUCAAUCUUAUUAUGAAAAACCUCUUGUUAUUUGGUUACAAGGUGGUCCCGGUGCAUCUUCAACAGGUUUUGGUAAUUUUGAAGAAAUAGGACCUUUAUUUCUUAAUGGAACGGAACGUCCUUCAUCUUGGGUAAAAUAUGUAAAUUUGCUUUUUAUCGAUAAUCCAGUCGGUGCUGGAUUUAGUUACGUCGACGAUUACAGUCGUCUUACAACAACCAACGAACAAAUCGGUAGCGAUAUGGUAAAUUUCUUAAGUGAAUUUUAUAAAAAACAUCCAGGUUUUGAAAAAAGUCCAAUGUACAUCUUCUGCGAAUCCUACGGUGGUAAAAUGGUUGUCGAAAUAGCUAAACAAUUACAAAAAGCCAUCGAUGACAAAAAAUUAAACGCUUCUUUCAAGGGAGUCGGAUUGGGAGAUUCUUGGAUUUCUCCUGUCGAUUCUGUAAAUACUUGGGCACCUUUUCUUUACAGUACCGGUAUGAUUGACCAAGAACAAUUAAAACGUUUGAAUGCAGGUGCUGAGAAAGUGCAAAGUGCCGUCGACAAUGGAAAUUUUCUAAAAGCCACAGAUUUGUGGAGAGAUUUGGAAAUGGAUAUUUUUUCUGAAACAAAUAAUAUAGAUUUUUAUAAUAUAUUAUACAAAGUUAAACCGAACAGUAUGAGUAAAAGUAACGGAUUGAACAGAGUGUUCGAUGACGAAAAACUUGAUAGACUAAUGAACGGACCAGUUAAAAAAGCAUUAAACGUUCCACCUAAAGUUGUGUACAGCAAACAAAGUGGUGCAGUUUUCAAAUAUUUGUCAGAAGACUUUAUGAAACCGGUUAUUCACGUCGUUGAAGAAUUAUUAAACAAUACUAAAUUAGAAGUAGUUGUAUUUACCGGAAACUUGGAUCUUAUAGUCGACACACCGGGAACGGUUGAAUGGGUUGAUAAAAUGAACUGGGUAGGAGCUAAAAAAUGGAAAACGGCACCUAGAAAAUCAUUGGUUGUUAAUAAAUAUGUUGAAGGAUACGUAAAAAAUGUCGGAAAUUUGUACCUGUAUUGGGUUCACAGAUCCGGUCACAUGGUUCCGACCGAUAAUCCGGAAACUGCUUUGGAAAUCCUUCGUAGAACAACCAAAUUUGAUCGAAAGCUAAAUGAUGAUUUAUCUGAAAAUUUUGUUUAA